AUGCCCCGGGGGCUAGGGAGCAAGCUUCGUGCUGCUCAAGACAAACGCUACCACGAGACCCAAGACAGUCACCAGAGUACCGAUGAGCCUCACGCCACCAGAGCUGACAAAAAAGAGUCCACCUACUGCCCUGGAGGUGGUUCUAGAGAUAUCAUCCCCAGCACCUCGGCUAAAGAUUCUCCUAAGAGAAAAAAUGGAGCUCCACCUACCAUCUCCAAGGCUCCACAUACCACCACCUCGAAGGUGCCAGUCACUGCCACCACCAAGGCACCAGUCACCACCACCACCGCCAAGUCACCAGGCGCCGUCACCGCAGCCACCACUACCAAGGCACCAGUUGCCACCGCCAUCACCACCAAAGCACCAGUCGUUUCCACCACCAAGACACCAGUUGCCACCACCACCAAGGCACCAGUCGCCUCCACCUCCAGAAUGCCACCUCUCGCCACGUCCAAGGCUCCACUGGCCAACACCUCAAAAGCUACUGCUGCUGACUCUCUCAAAAAGUCUAGUAAAAGUGCCAAUCCCCGAGGGGCACAAGCUGCUCAUCCUGCCAGGGCCCCACCUUUUACUGAGCAUCCGUGGAAAGAUCUCAUUCUGAGAAAGGCUGGGAUGCUGAUGCAGUAUCUGCUGUACAAGUACAAAACCAAACAGCCUAUUGUGAGGGGAGAAAUGAUGAAAAUUAUCAAUAGAAGAUUCAAAGACCAUUUUCCUGAAAUACUUCAGAAAGCAUCUGAGCGUAUGGACCUCAUAUUUGGACUUGAGUUAAAGGAAAUCAAACCCAAUAGUCCAUGCUAUACCUUAGUCAGCAAGGCAGAAUUUACCAGCAGUGGUGGGAUGCCCAGUGGCUUAGAAUUUCCCAAGAAUGGGCUUCUAAUGUCUCUGCUGGGUGUUAUCUUCUUAAAUGGCAACUGCGCUACUGAGGAAGAAGUGUGGGAGUUCCUGAGUAUUUUGGGCGUUUAUGAUGGGAGGAAGCACAUUAUCUUUGGGGAGCCCAGAAAGCUUAUUACUCGGGAUAUGGUGAAGGAAAAAUAUCUAGAAUACCAGCAGGUGCCAGGUAGUGAUCCUCCACGUUACCAGUUCCUAUGGGGUCCCCGUGCCCAUGCUGAAACCUCAAAAAUGCAGGUGCUUGAAUUUUUAGCAAAGGUCAAUGAUACCAUCCCUAGCGAUUUCCCUGGCCAUUAUGAAGAAGCCCUUAGGGAGGAAGAAGAGCAAGCUAGAGCUCAAGUUUCAUCGAAGGCUCAAGUUUCAGCCAAGGAUCCAGAUGUACCUGGCACUUCCUCCCACCAGCAAUGA